CAUUUCUCAAGCAUAUUGCUUUGUAUCCUUUGCAACCUUAACAUUAGCUUUGCACAUUCUCUAAGAUAUAUAUUUAAAUCAACACAUACAAUAUUAUAUGGUGGAGAUGGCUAAAAUGUUCACCAUUCAAUUUUUUUUCAAAUCCCUUUUCUUCUUUUGGUACCGUUUCUUCUUCAAGCCGCUCAAGAACUUCCAAAGAACCAAUAGUAUUAGCUACAUCACCACCACCAUUGCAACCACUCAAUCAUCGUUCAAUAAGUACCGCAAAUUCUCUUCUUAUUCUUCUUCUCUUCUUCACCGUUCAGACCUCAAGGAGCACACCCUCUUGUUCGACCUAGAGGGUGCGCUCCUGAGAUCUUCUUCGGUGUUCCCUUACUUCAUGCUCGUUGCUUUCGAAGCCGGAGGGCUCGUAAGAGCCAUUGUUCUCGUUCUCACGUACCCACUUGUUUGCUUUGUUGGAGAAGACUUGGGGAUGAAGAUAAUGGUGAUGGUGUGCUUCUUUGGGAUCAAAGAGAAAAGCUUUAGAGUUGGGAGUGCUGUUCUUCCGAAAUUCUUGUUGGAAGACGUAGGUUCAGAGAUUUUUGAGGUGGUGAAUGGUGCUGGAAAGAGAGUUGGGUUGAGCAAGAUGCCACGUGUCAUGGUAGAGUGUUUCUUGAAGGAGUAUUUGAAGGUUGACUUGGUUGUGGGAAGAGAAAUGAAAGAGUUUUGUGGUUAUUUCUUAGGGUUUAUGGAAGAGAGAAAAAAUAAUAAUAAUGCUUUGGAGCUUGUUCAAGAAGGGAAAGGAAGUUGUUCUUCCAAUAUUAUUGGAAUUUCAGGAUUCCGUAAUAAGGAUUUUCGUCAUCAUGAGAUCUUUUCCCGUUGCAAGGAAGUGUACUUGGUGAGCGACGGAGACAAAAAGAGCUGGCAAAAGCUAUCAAGAAACAAAUACCCUAAAUCACUCAUUUUUCAUGACGGAAGAUUAGCGCUCAGACCCACACCAUUGGAUUCUCUUGUCAUCUUGACAUGGUUCCCGUUCGCAGUCGUCCUCGCCUUCGUCCGAAUCGUUGCCGGACUCACCCUCCCUUUUGACAUCUCAAUUCCACUAUUAGCCCUAACCGGCAUGCGCCUGGACAGUUCACUCCCCGCGCAAACAAAUCAACAUGCUUAUAAUGAUGAAGAGAAAGUAAAGGGAAACAUGUACGUGUGUAACCACAGAACAUUGUUGGACCCUUUGUACUUGUCAUUCUUGUUGCGCAAGAAAGUAGUAGCGGUAACAUAUAGCUUAAGCAGAAUGUCGGAGAUACUAGCGCCGAUCAAGACGGUGAGGUUAACUCGGAAGCGCGAGGAAGAUGCGAGGAUGAUGAAGGAGUUGUUAAUGGAAGGGGACCUUGUUGUGUGCCCUGAAGGGACCACAUGUAGAGAGCCAUAUUUAUUAAGGUUUAGUCCUUUGUUUUCUGAACUAUGUGAUGAGAUAUCACCGGUUGCAAUUGAUAGCCAUGUGAGCAUGUUUCAUGGUACAACCGCUGGGGGUCUUAAGUGCAUGGACCCUCUCUUCUUUCUCAUGAACCCUUUCCCUUCUUACUCCGUUCACCUUCUUCACACUGUCACCACNNNNAUGUAA